ACACUCAACAUCCAUCAAAUUGGGCAAUUGGCCAACCAUUUUCUCUCACUUUCACUGUGUGUAUAUGUGUGUCUUUGAAUUUAACUCUUCCUUCCUCCGCUCCAGUGGCGGACCCACCAUCCCCACACUCUCUUCAUUUUAUGGCGUAAACAUUUUAUAUCUUCUCCUAUUUUUUCACCCGUUUUUCCAGAUCCAAAAAACUAAGCCUCUGUCUCUGAACCAAAUCAUCAGAGAGAGACGAAGAAGAACUCAUCGAUAGAUAGACACAUAUAUGUGUGUGUGAAUGUGAUAUUAUUAGUUUUGAAGUGAUUUGAAGGAGAUGGAAUGAUCAUACCUUUUACACGCAGUUCUUCAGAUUCUCUCUCCUUUUCCCCUUUUCCAACUUUUGGAGCCAUCACUUUCUGCUAGUUUACCAACUCCAUCAAUAAAAACACUUUCAAUCACCUCUCUCUCUCUAGAAAUUGAUUCAGCCAUGGAUUCCGGCAAUAGCGGGAGUAUGCAAUCCUCCAGCGGCGGCGACGAUCAGGAAUUCGAUUCCACCUCCUCUUUUCCUCACAAUUUCGCCUCAAUCUCGGCGCCGCAGUUUCUCUCUCACCAAACCCCCAAUUUCUUCGACAGUAAUCUUCUGACGCAGAGUCUCGAUCACGCCAGCGACGGCGAUCUGAUUUGGUCGAGGGGGGUGAGAUCCGAUAAUCAAGCCUUCUCCGGUCUCGGGAGCUCGCCGCCGCCUAAUCCGACUCCGGCGACGCCGCAGCAGCAGCAGAGGAACCCUAAGAAGCGGACGCGAGCGUCGCGGCGGGCGCCGACCACCGUGCUCACCACUGACACCAACAACUUCAGGCAAAUGGUGCAGGAGUUCACCGGCGUCCCUGCCGCUCCGUUCUCCGGCGGCUCCCCGUACUCGCGGCGGAUGGGUAUGUUCUCCGCCGCGAAUCUGGACGGCAUCGGCCCGAUCUACCCCCUCCGCCUCGCUGCGAAUAAGAUCCUCUCCCCUUUCUCCUCCUCCAUCUCCGCCGCGCCGCCGUCGCAACUCCUCAAUUCCACCAUGAUUGCCUCCAUAGCUCCGACGACGACGAUCGCCAACGCCAGCAGGGCGUCAAAAUCGAGCAUCAAUCCGAACGAUUUUGAUCUCUACCAACAGAAUCCGCAGAUGAAUUUCUCGAAUCUGAGCGGCUUCAGCGCCUCCGCGGCGGCGGCGCAACACGGCGAUCUGAGCAGGUGGAAAAGAGGGGAAACGGUGAGGAACAACGAUUCGAUUCACGAAUUUGACGGAAACAGCCACAAUAUCAACAGGGGUGAAUCGCUGAAUUACAAUUUGAAUGGUGCGGAAAAAGGAAUGGAAAAUGCUGCUUCUUCCAUAGCUGAAGGUACAGUGGCUUCAUGGAUAUGUUCUUCCGAAUAAUUAAUUCAUUUAUCUUUUUCUUUUUUCCUAUAUUAAGUUAAAGAACUAUGGAUUAGUGGUUAAUUAAUAUACUUAAUUAUACUAUGAUAUUUGUAUAUAUGAAUAUUUUGGGGUUUUAGAUUAAUUAUCACUCAUUUGAAGGAUUAUCAUCGUCA